UCUGCGGGUUCGCCUCUCCGCUUUACCCUGAAUUAGACCGAGGAGAAGAGGUUCACAGAGGCGCUGCUGGGAUUUUGUUUCCUUCUCCAGCCACCAUACUGUUCCCACAUUUGGUUUUAAUAUUAACUGUGUACAUUUUCUCUGUGGAGGAAAGUUGAGGAGGGAAUGAGCAGCAGGGGAAAUCUGCCGUGACUUUAGUCGGAGGAGAAAGUGGCCCCCGGUGCCAACAGGGCAGAUAGUUGCUGCUGCUGUCUGUCUGUCUGUCUGUCUGUGCUGCAGUGUGGAGGAUCAUCACUGGGAGCUGCUGAGGAGGAAAAGCUCGCUCACUUCUUCUGUAUGUCGCCUCGGAAAUAAAACCACAGCGCCAAGAUGGACCUGAAGCUGCUCUUGAUCUCCACAUUGUUAGGAGUCUUCUGUUUCAGCAGUGCUCAGAAAGAGGGGAACGAGUGCAUCAAUGCCAACGCCAAAUACUGCGGGGAGUGCAUCCAGGCUGGAGCCAAAUGUGGUUGGUGUAAAGACCCAGACUUCUUGAAACAGGGUGAGACUGUGUCGACCCGCUGUGACGAGAUGCAGUCUCUGAUAAAAAGGGGCUGUGAUGAAGGGAUGAUCGAGAACCCAACUGGGGAACAGAUGGUCCUCAGGAACAAAACGGUGACAAAUCGCAAAAAGGGAGCCGAGAAACUGAAGCCAGAGGAAAUCACUCAGAUCCAGCCUCAGAAACUCACCCUCACCCUCCGAUCUGGUCAGCCCCAGUCUUUUGACUUGAAGUUCAAACGAGCAGAAGACUAUCCUAUCGACCUGUACUAUUUGAUGGACCUGUCCUACUCCAUGAAGGACGAUUUGGAGAAUGUCAAAAACCUGGGAACAAGUCUAAUGCUGGAGAUGUCAAAGAUCACCUCUGACUUCAGGAUAGGUUUUGGCUCCUUCGUGGAAAAGACAGUCAUGCCGUACAUCAGCACCACCCCAGCCAAGCUGCUUAACCCAUGCACAGGCGACCAGAACUGCACCAGCCCGUUCAGCUACAAGAACGUCCUGAAGCUGACCAGCGAUGGCAAGAAGUUCAACACCCUGGUGGGCCAGCAGCACAUCUCUGGAAACCUGGACUCUCCCGAGGGGGGGUUUGAUGCCAUCAUGCAAGUGGCUGUGUGUGGGGAUCAUAUCGGCUGGAGGAAUGUGACUCGUCUGCUAGUGUUCUCCACUGAUGCUGGCUUCCACUUUGCUGGCGAUGGCAAACUGGGCGGCAUCGUUCUGCCCAAUGAUGGAAAAUGUCACCUGGAGAACAACGUGUACACCAUGAGCCACUACUAUGACUAUCCCUCCAUCGCUCACCUGGUUCAGAAGCUGAGUGACAACAACAUUCAAACCAUCUUUGCGGUCACAGAGGAGUUCCAGCCUGUUUACCAGGAGCUGAAGAAUCUGAUCCCAAAGUCUGCAGUGGGCACUCUGUCUGCCAACUCAAGCAAUGUAAUCAACCUGAUUAUAGACGCUUACAAUUCUCUGUCGUCGGAGGUCAUCCUGGAGAACAGCAAGCUUCCAGAGGGAGUGACCAUAGCCUACACAUCCCACUGUAAGAACGGAGUGGUUAGUGAGGGUGAGAGUGGAAGGAAGUGCUCCAACAUCUCAAUUGGAGACGAGGUCAUGUUCACCAUCAGCGUGACAUCUAAGGGCUGUCCCAAACAAGGCAAGCCCGAGACCAUCAAGAUAAAGCCCCUGGGAUUCACAGAGGAGGUGGAGAUCACGCUCAACUUCAUCUGUGAGUGUGAAUGCAACAAGGAGGGUGUCAAGAACAGUCCGCUCUGCCACUUUGGUAACGGGACCUACGAGUGCGGAGCCUGCAAGUGUAAUGAAGGCCGUGUGGGCAGACAGUGUGAGUGCAGCAGCAACGACGUGGCCACAGAGGACAUGGACCGGACCUGCCGUAAAGACAAUGGGACCGACAUCUGCAGCAACAACGGAGACUGCGUGUGCGGCACAUGUGAGUGCAAGAAGAGAGACAACCCUGAGGAGAGGUACAGCGGCCAGUACUGCGAGUGUGACAACUUCAACUGUGACCGCUCUGGAAACAAACUGUGUGGCGGGCAUGGACGCUGUGAGUGCCGAGUGUGUGUUUGUGACCCAAUGUGGACCGGAAGUGCUUGUGACUGUUCUCUGGACAACAGCACGUGUAUGGCCAGCAACAAGCAGGUCUGUAACGGCAGAGGAAUGUGUGAAUGUGGCAUUUGCAAGUGCACCGACGCCAAAUUCCAGGGUCCCACCUGUGAGACUUGUCCUACCUGUCCAGGAGUCUGUACUGAACACAAAGAGUGCGUCCAGUGCCGGGCAUUUGGCACCGGUGAGAAGAAGGACACGUGUGAGAAAGACUGCAUGUACUUCAAUCUGAUCAAAGUGAAGGACAGGGAGAAGCUGCCCCAGCCCAACGACGCCGUUUACCCCGUGAUGCACUGCAAGGAGAGGGACGCCAACGACUGCUGGUUCUACUACACCUACGCCGUCAACAACAACACGGAGAAGGAGGUCCAUGUGGUCGACACGCUGGACUGCCCCGCCGGUCCUGACAUCAUACCCAUUGUCGCGGGCGUGGUCGCCGGCAUUGUCCUGAUUGGCUUAGCCCUGCUGCUCAUCUGGAAGCUGCUGAUGAUCAUCCACGACAGGAGAGAGUUCGCCAAGUUUGAGAAGGAGAAGAUGAACGCCAAAUGGGACACGCAAGACAACCCCAUAUACAAGAGUCCUGUCAAUCAGUUCCAGAAUCCAAACUAUGGACGUAGAGCUGCUGUCCUUUAAGGUGAAAAUCCAAUCUACAAAAGUGCUGUCACGACUGUGGUCAACCCCAAAUAUGAAGGAAAAUGAUGACGUCAUACUUUUCAAUGGACUCUGCUAUCAAGUAUCUGACAACUGCAGUAUUUACCACAGGUGUGGGGUCUGAGGGGAACCUGUGGUGGAAUUUAUGUCACUUCUUCUUGUUGCUUUACCAUAAUAAUAAUGUACCAUAUGGCCACUGCAUCUGUAUUUUUACUAACACUUAUGAUUUAUAUGAAUUGGUUGUAUUUUAGAUGUACAGUAUACAGUAUGUGUAUAUACUUUUAAGUUGAAUAUUUGCAAAAGUGAUGACAUGAAGGUAUUUUUUCCUGCCACAGGACUGGUAAGGGCAGAGGUUUUAGCUUCUUUUCUUUUUUAACAACACAAUGUGGAAACUAUGGAUACACAGCAUAUGUACACCUCAGCUUCUGUCUCUUUCACUUCGCUGUCCUCUCGUCUCUUUCUGUGCACUGACUUCCUGUGUGUCUCUGUGUGUUCCAGACAGGACCUGAGUUUAAUGUGUAAAUCGUCAGCCAUGGCAGCACAUCAUGUCAGUGUGUGUGUGUGUGUAUGUAUAUAUAGAAAACAACUGCAAUAGGGAGUAUUGACUGAUACUUUGCAUUAGGCUGGACAGUUGUGUUGAAUCACAGUAGAUUAUGCAGUGGUUGUAAAUGUAGGUUUGAACUGCAGCUUAAAAACACACUUUAUUGCACUCGUAUUGAGUACUGUCUAUUCUGAAGAAGUUAAUACACAAGAUGAAGGUAAAUAUCAACACGCAUUAUUUGAACUGUUGAUACGCGAUCACAAAGGGACUGUAUACCACUUGUUGAAAUCAUGAUAUGUGGCGAUGUUGAACAAUCAAAGGAUUUGUAUAUGAUACAAUGAACUAAUGAAAUAUUGUUGUAUUUGCUAACUGCAGUAACUUUAUUACUCAUUCUCAGGUCCUCUCCUGUGUUCUUGUCAAGCACGCCAAAAAUAUGUUUUAUGUCAGCUUGUUCUGUGAAACUCAUUCAUGUGAGUGGAUUCUGUAAGUUUUUUUUGUAGAUUUAGAAGACUGAAAUAAGAGUAUUUGUUCAGACGUGACAUGACUCAGCUCUGAAAUGCUUACACGCCCAAACGCCUCCGAAGCACCACACACAAGCCUUAACAGUAUUUACAGUAAGUGCCUUUUAUUUCAAUACAAUGUUCUCUCCCAAUGCUGUUUGAGUUAUUUAUUAAAUAAAGUACAAAAACUGUC